AUGAGCUCUACCACUGUAGCAAUCGCUGGUGGCACCGGAAAUCUUGGCUACAAGAUUGUCCAGGCGCUGCUAUCAGACCAACUCCGCCCGCGCUUCCGCGAGCUGGUCGUCUUGGCUCGCAACGAAUCAGAGAAAACCGCCAGCCUCAGAUCAAAAGGAGCGACGGUUAGGCUGUAUUCCGAAGGCAACCUCAAGUCUGCCCUCGAAGGGGUCAAUGUCUUGAUCAACACAGUCGGUGCGACAGGCCACCAUUUCAAAGAGCAGCUGCUCCGCGCCCUGCCGCAAUCCUCCGUGAAGCUCUACUUCCCAUCCGAGUUUGGGGUUGAUCACUACGUGCACGACUUUGCGCACGACGAGUGGGAUGCCAAGAAGAACCACAUACGCCUGGCCGAGGAGCUGAUCCCUGAGAUACGCGUUUGCCGCGUCUUCCCCGGCCUCUUUCUGGAAGACUCGAUCGGGCCCUGGUUUGGCUUCCACACAAAGCUGAACAGGUACGAGGCCGUGGGCAGCCCGGACGAGGCGACGUCCUACACGAGCAUGCACGACGUGGGACGUGCCCUCGCUGCUCUGGCGGUGUUGCCUCCCGCUGAAGUUCCUGAGAAGGUGCACCUCGCUGGCGACACCAAAUCAGUCGCAGAGAUUGCCAGGAUUAUGGAGGAGGCGAGUGAGGACCAGAAGCCGAUCGAGGUUUCGACCGUUGAUUUGAACCCCUACAAGGCCAAUCUUUUAGCCAACCCAGAGCCGACGCCUGAAAAAUACCUACGUUUCUUGAUGGGAGAGGGUCUUAUUAAACACACUGCCGGUGGUCUUGGGAACGACAAUUCGAUUAUCGAAGGGGAUGGGGGCUUUGGAAAGUGGAAGUCGUUGAAAGAUUUGGCUCUUGAAACCAAAGUGACCCCGCUUCUGGCAUGUUUCUUGCCGUUUGAAGCGGCCUUGGCGCUGGUAUGGGCCAUGGGGCUAAUGAAUAAACUGCGAGAGCGCCUGGCUUCGGCGUCAAAGCUAACCCAGGCGCCGUCGUCAAACUCAAAGACCACGAGGCCCUGGAUUACCCCCGGGAAAACCACGACAGCCGAAACAAACGUUGAAAGACCACUCAUCUCAAAGAAUAGGGAACAUCCAGCACUCGAGGAGGAUCACAAGUAUCUCGAACCAUCAGCUCUACCAACUGAUCUGACCACACAAAAUGGGCCCGAUACUCCUCGCGACUCGCGUUCUCUUUGGAAGCAAGCAUACGACAAGCUUCGGGAGGAAGAAAGUGGCCUCGUGUUAGACUUUCAGACACUCGCAGCUCAAGAAGUUCAGCGACGAAAUCAGCCACCAAGAUUGCUGGGAGAUCCGGCGCAAGACCAAGAUCCGACACACCACGAUGUCCAAAGGCUGUGCCAAGACGGCAAGCAACGAAUGGAAGAUGCAGAGAUUAGGUUCAAGCUCAGGAACAAGGAUCAUAAAGUCGGUGAAAUAUUCGACAAGGGCAUUCGCGUUAUAGCCUGGGGUAAAGAUCUGGUGUCCACAGCGCUGGGCAAGACGGCGUCUUUCGAAGUCUCCAUUGUUUGGGCUGCCACCAUCUUGGUCCUUCCCUUGCUGGAGAACGUCCAGAAGGCUAAAGAAAUGAAUGACAGCGGCUUCAUCUACGUCACUGGGACUCUGAAGUACUUCCUGGCUCUUGAGCCAGAGUUUCGGAAAAGCCACGGUUCGUGCUCACAAGAGCUCGUUGAUGCUGCCGAAGAGAGCAUCGUAGAGCUGUACAAAGCCAUACUCUCCUUUCAGCUCCGGUCAGCCUUACGGUUCAAUCGGCGCAAGCUGAAGAAUAAGUUCAGAGAUGCUUUCGACUAUGACGGCUGGGAGACCAUGCUGCAGAGGGUGAAGGACGCCGAAAGCCUUGUCGCAGAGCGAUGGCGACCCCUCCAGCGCACAGCCAGUGAGGAUUAUCUACGUCAAUUGAAAGAAGAGACUGCCGCGAGCCUCGAAGUCACGAAUUCCAUAAUGCUGGAUAUUUCUGCAGCGUUCCAUAAUCAUGCAGAAUCCACGCGUGAAAUGGCUGCUACUUUACAGCGCCUUGAGUCACGAGCACUGUCCCUGGAAGAACAGGAGCACCUCCAGGUCUUGCGGCCCCAUGACAAUUCCCAAGAUCUGUCAUACGAAAGCGCAAAAGAACGCACCGAGAACAGAGUUCCAGGAACAUGCAACUGGCUUCUUGAGGAGGAGAAAUAUCAAGACUGGCUGCGGAAGGCUCAUGGGCUAUUGGUGGUUUCAGCAGACCCCGGCUGCGGCAAGUCUGUUCUGGCCAAGCACCUCAUCGACGAGCGACUUCUCGAAGACGCCAACGAGGCAACAAUAUGCUACUUCUUUUUUAAGGAGGACGAUCAGGAUAGGCUCCCUCUGGCACUGUGUGCUCUACUGCAUCAGCUGCUGAGUCGGAAGCCCAGUUUGAUAAAGAGGCACCUGGCGCACGAGCACGCGAAGAAUGGCAAUAGCCUACAGAACAACACGACUGUGCUCUGGAGUAUCUUGGAGGCUAGCCUCAGAGACUCGGAUACAGGUCCAGUUAUUAUUGUUCUGGACGGACUGGACGAAUGCCGACAGGCAGACUUUCAAGUAUUGGCUAGGAGCGUCAACCACCUACUCGCCGCUAAGAAACAUUCUCACGCCACCACUCGAUGGCUCUUCACCACCCGUCCAUAUCAAAACAUCACAAACAUGAUUGCGGCACCUUGUAUCCGCGUGUUUGGUGAAGAGAAGUCGACCACCAUUCGGCAAGAAGUCAAGAUGGUGAUUCAGUACAAGGUCCGCGAUCCCAAACUUCAGAGAAUCAUACCCAAAACACUGCUCUCGCGACUUGAGGAGAGGCUCCUCAGUGUCGAGAACCCAACAUAUCUUUGGGCUGCAUUGACGUUCAGCUUUGUCGAGACUAGUCACUUCAAAAAGACUAUCAGGGGCUUGGAAGAUGCGAUUGAGGAUCUACCGCGCAGUAUCAAUGACGCCUACUCAAAGAUCCUGAGUCGAACUGAUGAAAGCUUACAGCCAAUCAUACGAAAAGCCUUCACCAUUAUCUUGGGAGCAGCAGCUCCUUUGACGAUAGCGGAGAUGAAUGUUGCGAUGAACCUGGACGAAGGCGUCAACGAUCUUGACGAUUUGGACAUGGAGGACGAACAAGCGUUCAAGAGAAGCUUGAGGGAGAUAAGUGGGCUUUUUAUCAUCACACACAACGAUCGUGUCUAUUUUCUACACCAGACGGUGCGGGAGUUCUUCCAAUCUUCGGAUACCAAAAUGCCGACGGCCAACCUUUCCACGCAGUGGCAACACUCAUUCAGUCCCAGAUUGUCCAAUAGCUUCAUGGCACGCAUUUGUCUUCGGUAUAAUUGGCUAUAUAAUAACGAUCCACAUCUCCCUAGCUAUGAGAUUAACGGAUAUCAUGUCUCGAAACAUUUGGUAUGCCAAACUGUCUAUAAGAUGACUGGCUACAGAGUGGGGGACACAAUUCAAGACGUUGAUGACUGGAUAGAAAGACACCCUCACAUGGCUUUCCAUCGCUAUGCAAUCACCAACACAACAAAACACCUGGAAGGAAACUUUGGCGAGGACGAGUUGGAUCUCAUCGUCAAACUUCUGACAUGCAAAAGCAAAGGCUGGCCAAGUUCCGCAUUCCAAGAUGAGCUACCUUCUACCCUACCUACAUAUGACUUUGCUCUUUUGCUGGCAACGCGAUCGCAGUUGGUAGGGGUUGUGCGUCUUCUAGUCACUCAGCCGCAGGUCAACAUCGAAUGCUGCAAUGGGCACGGCCGCACGGCGCUUUGUUUGGCUGGAACAGCUCGCAUGCGACGGUUACUGCUCAAGAGUGGUGCAAAUCCUCACCCCCCUACGGGCGACGUGAUCGCACUGCCGAUAUGGUAUGCUGUUCGACGCGGCAAAUUUGGCUACUUGGACUAUCUACUUUCAAAGGCGAAAAGUCCGGCUGCGAAGCACGACAUGUUGAAGAUCGUGCUCGAAACGGCGCUCUCGGAUUACCCACGACAGCGCGGCAUGGCAUUGGGCUCAAUACAUUGGGGCGCCGACGUCAACGCUCUCAAUAAUCAUGGGUCGACGCUCCUUCAUCACUAUGCGACCAGAGGGUAUGUGGAGUGUGUCAAGUUCUUGUUGGAUCUAGGUGCCGAUGCCACAGUAUCGAGCCGCAACGGACAGACGCCGCUCGAAUCAGUUGUGCACAGGUUGGAGGAGGAAAAGGAUUGUUUUAUCGAAGAUGAACUCAGGGAAAUCAUGACCUUGCUUGAAUUUGAAAAAGUGGCGGAAAUGAGCGAGGAGUACCGGCAGCUGUUACAAGGGGACAUGAUUCACGAGGGUGACUCUGAUUUCGAACAGAUUGAUGGUCCUGACUCAGACGAAGAUGAUCUUUUCAAAUGA